AUGAAGAAUCAAGCUCAACGACCAAAGUAUCGAGCUUUAAUGACGACGCUUUUCUACGUACAGCAUAAUGUCGAGCCACAUAAUAUAGAGGAUUGGUAUCGAAGCAUUUCUGGUGGAGGGCUUUUCAAUUCACUCUUCUCGGCUGCGUCUUCACAUGUUAAUAGUCAGUCCCAAACACAAGUGAACGUUCCACUUAGUAUCGGGCCAACUUUGCAAACUACCAAUAGCUCUCUAGAUUCAACAGUCAUUUUUAGUCCAGAUCUUAAUGUUUCUGCGUUUCUAGAUCAGUCAACCUGUGUACCCAGCCCCAAUCGAAUGGACUAUCUAACUAUCGUCGAAGAGAAUCAAAAUGAAAAACAAGAUCUAAAUGGACCGGUUGAUAUAGCUCCUGCUACGUUGGCAAGCAGACAAAUCUCUAAACCUAAUUUCGUUACUGAUUCCGGCAGGACGGCUGUCACAAAGCAGCAUACUGGUUGCAAGCAUUCUGAUAUAAAGAACAAAGUACUCAACAAAGGAAGCAUCGGAAUUAGGGAUAUUUCACAUCAAAACGAAGCUGGUGAUUGCACUUCACGUUCACAAGCUUCGUCUGGGUAUGGGUCUGCUGGCUCAGACAGUUCUCCUGGCUCCUUAAGCAGUCAAAAUCGGUCGCCUAGUGUAUUCCGAUUGGUAUCUGGUUCCUCACGACCUCCUCUUUCACAAUUCCGACAUAAAAUCCAAACUGCAUCUCUCUCCUCUCAGUCUUCGGCUGGUGGUGACAGCAGUAUUGUCAGCUGCGACUCUUUUUAUGGAGCCGACAGACGAAGCACUCUCGAAUCAACAGAGUCAGUCAGUUCUGCUUACUCGCCUUCAGCCAUACAAACUGACAGUGAUAAUAUCAACUUACCGGAACCGAUUACUCUUACUUCUGGCAACCGGAGCCUCACGUCGAUAAGUGAACCCAGUUCCUUGCCAAUCGCUUCUCCUGCAUCCGUUUCCCAGCUAGCUUCUAGCGAGGCAGUGCAUCUGCAGCAGAAGCCGGAUUUCCAUUUCAUCCCGCCACCUCGAGCUUUCCGUAGGCCCUGCAAACAGGAUUUGAUGCAAAGUCACCCAGUUGUUAAUCAGACCACAGCAAUCACUGGUAAUCCGAAUCAUGAUGACUGCCUAAAUUGUGUUACAGAGAACCAACAGUUGCGACUGAAGUCAACUUUUGCCUUCAAACAAGAUAUAUCGAGCCGUUCUAAUAUCCAAAUAAAUGGCUGUCUAGAACCGUACCUGAAACAACCAUCGCACUCGGCAAUCCCAGCCACAUUCGACUCUGGGGCCCAGCUUCCACCAAAUCCUCACUUCCGUUCUACCUCCACCGGUCGCUUGCUGACUCGAAUGCCCUUGAAAAAUUAUUUGCCCCAGCAAACUUUGUCGACUAUGCCACAGCAGAUAUCUACGCCAUCGUCUCUAAUGCCACUCGAGACAGCCCCCAAAGUGCGUUUUAAGCCCUUUUUUUCUCAGCCCAACGAGCCAAUGGAUAAUGGAUCAUCUCUCAAUUCCAUUUCACCUACACAGCGGCCAGUAAACUCAGUUAAGUUAGGCCAACUAUCUCCUGCUGGUAGUUUGGAUCGCCAGGAGUACCAUCAUCACUAUUACUACUACUAUCACCACUCAGAUCAGCCUGGUGGAAUGCCGCUUUCGUCGCUAUCUGGCUCAAAGACCCCACGUUCCACUCAUCUUAAUCUACCCCAUUCAGCCACUGAUCAAUCUACUUCACCUGUUUCACGCACUCCUCCAUCGCUACCCUACCAAAGUCCACUACAGACUCGUUCCCAUCUAGCAUCAAGUUCAAAAACAAUUCCCGGUCCGCCUAGUGUUGGGGCUUAUAGACAUGCCGUUAGUCUAACGUGUCUUCCUACUCCCAUAUCCAGUAUCGUGGCUCGACCAAUUGCUAGUGGGCAAGCUCCUCGUUCACAACAGAUUAUAAAUGGUCGCGAAUCUGGAGCCGGACAGUGUUUUGGCCCUCAACUAAAGGACAAGCGCGGAGGCCAGUUUCCGACUCACUUUACACCUCACAAUGGCAGUGAUGGGCGACACCAGCCUCGUCUGCUUAUGCCGAGAAUAGGUCCUUCAUUUCAAAAUCCUCCAACGACUGUUGUUUCGGAAACGGUAGCCUCAAACUCGGUGCCUGGGGGGCAUCUAGGGUCAAUUUACUCCCCAAACCAAACCACUAGUCGCCUC